ACGAAACAAGACUCGCUUCACUUCCAGCUACGCGUAGCAAUGAGCAAUAAGUUAAAGCGAGCAUGGGCAGCUUACCAAAAGUACAAACUGAUAACACGAAUCAUUGCAGCCUUCGCUGGUGCGAUCGCAGGAAUCUCUGGCUUCGUAGCCUACGUGAAAGUUUACCAAAACUACAACGCUGCAACAUGGGCCGCCAUUUCGGCAGUCUUUGCUAUUUUGUUCCUCCGCAUUAAUUUUUCUGUUCGACGCGAUCACGAAAGACUCAUUACAAGGGAAACAUUUACGUUAUACAUGUGUGCUGGUAUAGUCGCUUUGGUGGCUGGAUUGGCUGCAACUAUCGCUUACAUUGAGCUCGGGGUGAAGGAUAACGAAAAAGAAAUAGCUGCCGACGGCUACCUGGUGGUGUGUAUUUGGACUAUUAAGUCUUUAAGCUGGGGUUUCUUCAUCUUCAUGUCUGCAAGGAAGUUUAAAAAAGAGUACCUUGAAUCUUCUCCUUGUUUGGUGCAAAGUACGAAUCAAGUCUAAAGGCUGACGAAUUUUUAUGCAAACACAGAGAAUCAGGCUGAAAUGUUUGCAUGAUUUUGUAUAUACUAAACUGUAUAAGUCAGUGGAUCGUUACGUACAGAC